GAGAAUCUUGACCUCCUGAGUCGUCUACAGCUUGACAUAAAUAAUAAGGAAAAAUCUUUACACCGGCUUUAAGUGUAGCGAGAUAUCGCCAUUAGAGAUAGACAUCGCGGGUUAUUAACCCUAGGUUGUCCUCCAGGUACUUGGCUUUUAUUUACGCGUUAUUUAUGAUGCAGUAAAUAACAAUUGCCGGGGGUUUGGAAACCUUGUACGUUCCGAUCGCGGACAUCUGUGGGACGGCCUGGGACCUCUGCCGGGGGGUCCCGGGGGAAUAAAUCAAACUCGAGGCGGCCGAAAACACGUUGUGAGUCAGUCGCUUCCUUCUGCUCCACCCACAUUAUUUUAAUCGUCAUCGGAGGAAUAACAAGGUCAGUGGCUAUAACCUCGAGACGAUCCCUCCUCCUUCUCGUCGUUGGUGGCCGGACGGCAAUUAACAGGAUUCAGAUCCCCCGCUAGUUAAUACAGGGACUCUGCAAGUGUGUUGGUGCCGAUUCUGGAGGAAUGGCCGUCCAUCUGGGUCACGGGCCCCCCUGGAACCACCUUCCCUUUAAAUUGCCCUGCGCCAACGAAAGGACACAUUCGACAUCUCAUCCUUGAACUUCCGCAUAGUCGCCGAGUGAUUCAGUACAUUGUGACAUACGUGUACUGACAACAGAACUCAUUAUGAAUCACUGCGCUGCAUUCCUACGAUUCUUCAGACGAUUUUCGUGAAGGGUGAACCAUUGUUAAAUCAUGGCACACUCUUCGAAAAAGGUGAGGCAGCAGUCGAAAUCUUACAUCGAGAACAUCCUAGGCUUUCCAGUCAGACAUCUGCUCGACUGGAAUUCUUUUGUCCUGCUUCUUUUCAAACCGGUUGAUCCUAGUUCGAUAGCAGUUUCAAGGAUAUUGUUCGGUGCUUUAAUGGUGCUUGAUAUACCGGAUGAGAGAGGACUUAGCGAAGCUGAUUUACGCUGGGGUAAUCAAGAUGAAUGUAGGUUUCCUUUGUUCGAUUUUCUAACACCUUUACCAUUGGAAUGGAUGUGCAUCGUUUAUUUGAUUAUGUGGCUUGGUGCUGUGGGUAUUAUGCUGGGUGCAUUUUUUAAGUUCUCCUGCUUAGCUUUUUCAAUUCCUUACUGGUAUAUUUUCUUGUUGGACAAAACUGCAUGGAAUAAUCACUCAUAUUUAUAUGGACUUUUGUCAAUUAUGUUCAUUUUUUCCGAUGCUAAUAAUUACUGGUCAGUGGAUUCACUCAUCGGAAGAGUAAAGCAUAAUAAAGAUGUGCCUCUUUGGAACUAUGGAAUUUUGAGGUUUCAGUUAUUCCUACUUUAUUUUUAUGCAGGGUUGAAAAAAUUAGAUUUUGACUGGCUCGCCGGUCAUUCUAUGUCAUCGCUGUCCACACAUUGGGUCUUUGAUCCAUUUAGGGCGUUUCUCACGUCACAUGAAAUUGACUUGUGGAUAAUACAUAUAACUGGGUUUCUACUCGACCUUACUGUCGGUUUUUGGAUCUAUUUUGACUCGACACGACCAAUCGCUUUCCUAUUCCUGGCAAGCUUUCACUUGAUGAAUUCUCAAAUGUUUCAUAUAGGGAUGUUUCCAUAUGUCUGCCUUGUCACAAUGCCAUUAUUUUGCAGUUUCAACUGGCCAAAAAGUUUAAUUGCCAAGUUGAAAUACCCAUUAGCUUGCAUUAAACUUCAAACGGAAAAAAAUGACAACUGCUAUUAUAUUGAGCCUAAUAAAAAUAAAAGUGGUACAAAUUUCAAGGCGAUUAACCACAACUGGAGAAAACAUUUGGUAGGCGCUUCAAUUUGUGUUCAUGUAUUGAUACAGUUGUUUCUCCCUUAUUCUCAUUUCAUCACACAGGGUUAUAACAACUGGACGAAUGGAUUGUACGGGUACUCUUGGGAUAUGAUGGUCCACACCUGGGAUCCGGUGUUGGUUAUGAUAAAAGUGGUGGACAAUGAUUCCGGUGAAGAAAUGUUUUUAGAUCCAGAAGCUUGGGUUCAAAAUGAUCGCUGGCAAAAACAUGGUGAUAUGGUCAUUCAGUAUUCAAAAUGUGUUCAGAGAAAUAUUCAAAAAUCAAAGAGUAGAGUUCAAAAUAUAUCUCUUUAUAUCGACGUUUGGACCUCACUCAAUAAGAGAUUUCAACAGAGGAUGUUUGAUCCCGGAGUGGACCUACUCAAAGCGGAAUGGUCGCCUACAAAACCGAUAUCAUGGCUUAUGCCACUUCUGACUGAUCUGUCGAAUUGGAGAUACGCCAUAACGGAGAUAGAGAAGCACGUCCGGUCUUGGUCAAAUUACUCGGAUGCUCUAUUUUUCGCUGAUUUCCCUGGUUUAACACUUGAAAAUUACAUUCACAAAGAUCUGACGAAUGUUUCGCUGACGGUGCUCAGAGGGGAUGUGAUAGUCGAACAGAGUAACAAGACGAACGCUACCCUUGGAACAGGUGAUUACGUUCCGCUUACCACAGGCGCAUUCCAUAAGGUUCAUACGGUCUCGAGUACGCCGGCAUGUUUUAUGUACACAUAUUACAACAUGUCGAAGACUUCUGAUACAGGGAAGAAGAGUGUCAGCUUGGACAAAUUUCAUAAAACGGUUAAAAACCGUAUCGACGGCGUACUGAGUUCGAUCGCGUUAGUGAGCAAUUCAUUCUUGAACAUCUUGUACUCCGUUCCCAUGGUAAGAAGAGUGAGGAUUACAGGGUAAAUUAGGAUAUAACUGUAGUAUCAUUAAAAAUAAUAAAUAUAUAUUAACCUAU